CAGGCCUCAGCAGUGGGGGAGGGGGCCGGGAGGGGAAGGGAAGUUUGUAGAUCUAGGCAUGUGGCCUGCUAGGAGUGCACUUGGCUUUUCUUAGGGAUGGCUCUUGCUCACCAGAGCCUCACAAAGAUAAUCGCUCAGGAAGUGUUUCAGCCAAUCCCGGGCCGCCUUACACUCCGAUUUGCCGGGCCAGCCAAUCGGGGAUGAGCUCUUAUUAGGCGGCCAGAUCAUCAAGCCGAAGUGCCAAACCCUUUUUCUGUGAGAACUAGGAGCCUGUCCUCCAUGUUUUAUAAGUAUUGACAUUACACAGUGUUAACAAUGCAUCCACAGAGGGUUUCUUCACUUGAAACUACAUUGUUCAGCCUUUUUUCCUGACUUCUGUUGCUACAGAAUGUUCUUCUGCAAGCCAGCCUACAGCCAGCAAAUGUUUCUGAAAGUGUUUUCUAGGCUUUGGAGGAAGUUUUUGGAUCCCAAAUCUGCCAGCCUGUUCUCUCUUCUUAACUGUGGAAAAAUGAGACGGUUGCUUGAACAUGUUGGCUUGGCUGAAGAGGAAAUAAAAACAGAACAGGAGGUGGUAGAGGGCAUGGAUAUCUCUACUCGCUCCAAAGAUCCUGGCUCCACAGAGAGAGCGGCCCAGAAAAGAAAGUUCCCCAGCCCUCCGCAUUCUUCCAAUGGUCACUCGCCACAGGACACAUCAACAAGCCCCAUGAAAAAGAAAAAGAAACCCGGCUUACUGAACAGUAACAAUAAAGAGCAGUCAGAACUAAGACAUGGUCCGUUUUACUAUAUGAAGCAGCCACUCACCACAGACCCUGUUGAUGUUGUACCGCAGGAUGGACGAAAUGAUUUCUACUGCUGGGUUUGUCACCGGGAAGGCCAAGUCCUUUGCUGUGAGCUCUGUCCCCGGGUUUAUCACGCUAAGUGUCUGAGACUGACAUCGGAACCAGAGGGGGACUGGUUUUGUCCUGAAUGUGAGAAGAUUACAGUAGCAGAAUGCAUCGAGACCCAGAGUAAAGCCAUGACGAUGCUCACCAUCGAACAGUUAUCCUACCUGCUCAAGUUUGCCAUUCAGAAAAUGAAACAGCCAGGGACAGACGCAUUCCAGAAGCCUGUUCCGUUGGAACAGCAUCCCGACUACGCGGAAUACAUCUUCCAUCCCAUGGACCUUUGUACAUUGGAAAAGAACGCUAAAAAGAAAAUGUAUGGCUGCACAGAAGCCUUCCUGGCUGAUGCUAAGUGGAUUUUGCACAACUGCAUCAUUUACAAUGGUGGAAAUCACAAAUUGACGCAAAUAGCAAAAGUAGUCAUCAAAAUCUGUGAGCAUGAGAUGAAUGAAAUCGAAGUUUGUCCAGAGUGUUAUUUAGCUGCUUGCCAAAAACGAGAUAACUGGUUUUGUGAGCCUUGUAGCAAUCCACAUCCUUUGGUCUGGGCAAAACUGAAGGGGUUUCCAUUCUGGCCUGCAAAAGCUCUGAGGGAUAAAGACGGGCAGGUUGAUGCCCGUUUCUUUGGACAACACGACAGGGCCUGGGUUCCAAUAAAUAAUUGCUACCUCAUGUCUAAAGAAAUUCCUUUUUCUGUGAAAAAGACUAAAAGCAUCUUCAACAGUGCAAUGCAGGAGAUGGAGGUUUACGUGGAGAACAUCCGCAGGAAGUUUGGGGUUUUUAAUUACUCUCCCUUCAGGACACCCUACACGCCCAACAGCCAGUACCAAAUGCUGCUCGACCCCACCAACCCCAGUGCUGGCGCCGCCAAGGUAGACAAGCAGGAGAAGGUCAAGCUCAACUUCGACAUGACAGCGUCUCCCAAGAUCCUGAUGAGCAAGCCCAUGCUGAGUGGGGGCACAGGCCGCAGGAUCUCCUUGUCGGAUAUGCCGCGCUCCCCCAUGAGUACAAACUCUUCCGUGCACACGGGCUCCGACGUGGAGCAGGACCCAGAGAAGAAAGCCAUGUCGAGCCACCUUAGCGCCAGCGAGGAGUCCAUGGACUUUCUGGACAAGAGCACAGCGUCACCAGCCUCCACGAAGACGGGACAAGCAGGGAGUUUAUCCGGCAGCCCGAAACCGUUCUCUCCUCAAGCGUCCACGCCAAUCACAACCAAAAUGGACAAGACGUCCACCACUGGAAGCAUCCUGAAUCUGAACCUGGAUCGAAGCAAGGCCGAGAUGGAUUUGAAGGAGCUGAGCGAGUCAGUCCAGCAGCAGUCCGCCCCCGUUCCUCUCAUCUCUCCCAAGCGACAGAUUCGCAGCAGGUUCCAACUAAAUCUUGACAAGACGAUAGAGAGUUGCAAAGCACAAUUAGGCAUAAAUGAAAUCUCAGAAGAUGUCUAUACGGCCGUAGAGCACAGCGAUUCGGAAGAUUCUGAGAAGUCAGAUAGUAGCGAUAGUGAGUAUAUCAGUGACGACGAGCAGAAGUCCAAGAAUGAGCCAGAGGACGCAGAUGACAAAGAGGGUGUUCGGAUGGACAAAGAGCCAUCUGCUCUCAAAAAAAAGCCCAAACUGGCAACCCCAGUGGAAGUUAAAGAGGAGAUGAAAAGUGCAUCGCCAACCAGCGAGAAAGCAGAUCCAGGCUCAGUCAAGGAAAAAGCGAGUCCCCAGCCUGAAAAGGACUUCUCGGAAAAAGCAAAACCCUCACCGCAUCCCACAAAGGAUAAACUGAAGGGAAAAGAUGAGACGGAUUCCCCGACAGUCCAUUUGGGUCUGGACUCCGAUUCAGAGAGCGAACUUGUCAUAGAUUUAGGAGAAGACCAUUCUGGGCGGGAGGGUCGAAAAAAUAAGAAGGAACCCAAAGAACCAUCUCCCAAGCAGGAUGUUGUAGCUAAAGCUCCACCAUCCACUACGGCAGGCAGCCAGUCUCCCCCCGAAACACCGGUCCUCACCCGUUCGUCUUCCCAAACUCCCACGGCUGGUGUCACGGCCACCACCAGCACCACGUCCACGGUCACGGCCCCGGCCGCCGCCGCCACAGGAAGCCCGGUGAAAAAGCAGAGGCCGCUUUUACCGAAGGAGACUGCCCCGGCCGUGCAGCGGGUCGUGUGGAACUCAUCAAGUAAGUUUCAAACGUCCUCCCAAAAGUGGCACAUGCAGAAGAUACAGCGUCAGCAGCAGCAGCAGCAGCAGCAAAACCAGCAGCAGCCUCAGUCUUCCCAGGGGACGAGAUAUCAGACCAGACAGGCUGUGAAAGCUGUUCAGCAGAAGGAGAUAACACAGAGCCCGUCCACCUCCACCAUCACCCUGGUGACCAGCACUCAGUCGUCACCCCUGGUUACCAGCUCAGGGGCCACGAGCACCCUUGCAUCUUCAAUCAGCGCGGACCUGCCCAUUGCCACCGCCUCAGCCGAUGUCGCCGCCGACAUAGCCAAGUACACAAGCAAAAUGAUGGAUGCCAUAAAAGGAACAAUGACAGAAAUAUACAACGAUCUUUCUAAAAACACUACUGGAAGCACAAUAGCUGAGAUUCGCAGACUGAGGAUCGAGAUCGAGAAGCUGCAGUGGCUGCACCAGCAAGAGCUCUCCGAAAUGAAACACAACUUGGAGCUGACCAUGGCGGAGAUGCGACAGAGCCUGGAGCAGGAGCGGGACCGGCUCAUCGCCGAGGUGAAGAAGCAGCUGGAGCUGGAAAAGCAGCAGGCUGUGGACGAGACCAAGAAGAAGCAGUGGUGUGCCAACUGCAAGAAGGAGGCCAUUUUCUACUGCUGUUGGAACACCAGCUACUGCGACUACCCCUGCCAGCAGGCCCACUGGCCCGAGCAUAUGAAGUCCUGUACCCAGUCAGCUACUGCCCCUCAGCAGGAAGCAGAUACCGAGGUGAACACAGAAACACUAAACAAGUCAUCCCAGGGAAGUUCCUCCAGCACGCAGGCAGCCCCUGCGGAAACAGCCAGCGCCUCCAAAGACAAGGAGACGUCUGCCGAGAAAAGCAAGGACAGUGGCUCGACCAUUCCCGGAGUAGUAAAUCCAGUUGCUGGAGCAGUAACGAUGAAAAGCGAGGGUCGUCGCGUUCUGAGCACAACGCCAGUACCAGUUCGAAGAGUCUCAUCCCGAAAGAGUCUCGGCUGGACACCUUCUGGGACUAGGGACAAGUUGCGACACAAGCCAUCCACCCCUGGGAGGAAAAAAAAAACAGACCCCAGGAAAACAGGAAGCCGCAAGGAAACGUGAGGCAGGAGCAGUACCACGUUCAGACUUGAGAAUUCCAAACAGUCACUCGGCCUUUGCACAGAGGGCACCUACACUACAUAACGUCCAGCAUUAGCUUUGCCUGAGGACGGUUCCACUCACAUGAAACCUACGCUUUAGUUGUAAAUAAUGUACAAUUUGUGGAUGUCAUCGAGCCUAGAGUACCUUCCCCUUUUUAUAUUUGUAUUGACUUUAACUUAUAAAAAAAAAAAAGAAAAGCAAUUAAAAAAAAAAAACACCCAACAACAAAAAGAAUGUUUUGAUGUUGGAGAAAGAAUGCUCCAUCAGCCCCUCUGUCACAUAAUGUAUGGGGACUGGGCCCGGGGGUGGCUGUUGCACACAGGUCCUCAUCCUGGGGUGCCCAGGGCAACGGGAGCCGCUUUCCUUCGUACAUCUGGACGCAGCACGUUAGGAUCAUGAGUUCCGGCACAGAUUCUGUGCUGUCGUGGGCACAUAACAUCGAGCCAUUGGCCCCUUUCAAAUACUACUAUGGUAUCAAAUGCAAGCUCUCUGGCCCCGAAGGACACAUGGAGAAGCUAGUUUAUUUUAUGUGAUUACAUGAUGACUUUACUCCUAAAAGGGAAAACAUAAUGUCCUUGUUUACAGAAGAGAAACAGAAACAAGCCCCACUCAGCUGAAUCGCAGAAGAGAAGAACAUACAGAAAGUGUCAGAGUCGGAAGGUCUGGAACAAAGAGGAAGCUUAUCUUUGCUUUGUGGUUCCUUUAAACACACUCACACACACUUGGGAAGAGAUGAGGUACUUCUCGGAAGCAAGAACUCAGAGGCAAGACGCACGCAGAGAGCAUUUGAGUCUGGGAUGAAGCAUGUCUGUAGUAUUUAUAUGAUGGAAUUUUACGUUUUUAUGUAAGCAUGAAACAAAGGCAGUGUGAGAGAAAAAGACACCCACCAUGCUGUCUGUUACACUACGUAUGCUGUAGUACCAUUUUGUAUGUUGUGUAAACGAAAAAGCAUUGAACAAAGCAAAAGGUGAUGUAUGUAUAUGGGAAAAUUAAUUGUACGAUAUCAUUCCAGUACAUUUUGUUGUACAUUUUAGUCUCGUUUAUUUUCUCUUCAUUGUUGAUAAGAGGAUGCGAACUGUACAGUUUCCAGCUAGUUACCCAUAUUAGAGAAGAAAUAAAGAGUAUUAGAAGAAAACAGGAGAGAAAGAACAUUUGUGAAUUGCAGUUGUCAAAAAAAAAAAUAGCCUAGCUGGCCUUAUUUGUGAAGCAUAAUUGCUUUUAGCAUAUGGAAGUAUUUUUUCACAUUUUCUUUGUAUAAAAUUUGUAUUAAACUUAAAUAUCUUUUUUGAUGAUGGUGUUUCUUUGUGACUGAGCCAGUGGACUCACACGGUAUAUGCUCUUUUGGGUUCCUCCCCUCCCCCAAUUUUUUCAGAUU